CUCUGUUCCAACUGUGCUCUCUGCGUCUUGCUGGGUUUGGCUUGGAGGAAAUUUGAAGAAGAAGAAGAAAAAAAGAUGGUAAAGAACGAUCUCUACGUCACUGUGCCCAGCUUCUUCAAAUGUCCAAUCUCCUUGGACGUUAUGAAAUCCCCCGUCAGUCUCUGCACAGGCGUUACCUAUGAUCGUUCCAGCAUCCAGCAGUGGCUCGACAGUGGUAACAACACCUGCCCAGCAACCAUGCAGCCCUUACCUAGCAAGGACUUCGUCCCCAACCACAACCUCCACCGUCUCAUCCAGAUCUGGGUCGAUUCCCUUACCCCUUCUUCCUCCUCUGCCCUCUCCCAUGACCAAGCCCGGCACUUGAUCAAAAACAUCCAUCACCACCACCAAGUCGAUGAUGACCAAGAAACCACCGGGAAUUGCUCCGGUUCCUUGUCCAAGAUCAUCGAUUUCGCCCGUGAAUCCGACGAUAACCGCAAGUUCCUAGCCGAGACCGACGGUAUUGUCCCCAUCAUCCUUGGCGUUCUGGGCAAUGAAGCAGACACUGAGACCCUCGGACAAGCCGUUCAGGUUUUGGGCCUGAUUCUCGUGGAUUACAGAGACAAGGAGCAGCUCAUGAGAUAUAUCUUAAAGGGCGACCGUGAUUUCAUGUCUUCCAUUCUUCUAGUCCUGCAAAAGGAAAGCUUGGAUUCUAGGGUCGCUUGCGCUCGGGUUUUGGAAGCCAUAGCUGUAGACCCUGAAUCCAAGCUUCUAAUCGCCGAGAAGGAUGGCGUGUUACCCGAAAUGAUGCGUUUGCUGAGCCCCAUAACGGAGGAGGAUUCGACGGCCGCGGCUAUCGAUGCUGGAUUGUCUUGCUUGAUUGUGAUAUCCACGCCUAGGCGGAUCAGAUUACAGAUCGUGAGACUCGGAGCAGUCCAAGUGUUGGGAAAAUUACUCCAAAGACCAAAUUGUGGAGCCUCCAUCAUUGAGAAGGUUUUGAAGCUGCUAGAGAUGGUAUCCACCUGCACGGAAGGUCGCACGGCCAUAUGUGACGACACAAGCUGCGUGGUUGCCAUCGUACAGAAAAUGCUGAAGGUGUCUAAGGAAGCUACAGAGCACGCGAUAGUGAUAUUGUGGAGCGUAUGCCAUCUAUUUAGAGACCAGAAUGCCCAGGAGGCCGUCACCAAAGCCAACGGCUUGACCAAGAUAUUGCUUCUGAUGCAGAGUAAUUGUUCCCCGUCCGUCCGGCAGAUGUCCGGCGAUCUCCUUAAGAUCUUCCGUGUUAACUCCAAAUCUUGUCUUUCUGGCUAUGAUACUAAAACCACCCAUAUCAUGCCUUUCUGACUAUUCUUCUUCUUACCCAUAAGAACACUAAUCACUGGGAACGGUAAAAAAAAAUUCCCAAAAAACUGAAAGAUUGUAAAUGAAAGAGAAAUUUUUGUUAACGGAAAGGAAGUAUAAAGA